AUGGCACUUCCACUGUCUGAAAUCGCCGCCGCCGCACGCAUCGCGUGGGCUAUCUACGACCUCGGGUUCAGCCAGUACACCAGCGCUCAGCAGGAAUACCUCGAUUUCGGAAAGGACAUACUACUUCUCCGCGACGGUCUCAAGGCCAUUGUCGACUCGGUCGAGCAUGUCAAUCGGCAAGGCCCGCGCGGUGGUGGGAGCGUAGACAACCGACCGGACUUGUCUGCUUUUCACACGAUUGUUGGCGACUUCAGGGAGACGUUGAAACGGUGCGAGAAACUCAUCCGCCAGAACGCCCAUUUUAGCCGGGAUGCCAGCGGCUUCGUACGCAAUGUGCAGUGGAACUCGGGGAUUGGCAGCUAUGUUGAGUACCUGGGGAGACGAGUGUCUUUUCACUGUUCAAAGAUCAACUUAGUUCUCAUCCCGCUCAAGAUAAAGCUGUACACCGACAUCCGGAAAGAUAUCUCCAUCGUCCACGAAGACAUCAUCUUCCAGUUUGAACAGAUCAUCCGAGCCCUCGAUAUCGACAGCGAUGGCACCCUGCUCGCACUUCCGACCAUCCUCGAAGAAAAGUUCCGACUUUCUGUCGCACGAUCAUCGAUCCCGUUCUCCAUCGAAAAGGCCAUUGACGCACUCGCCCUUCACCUGGGCAACAGCACGCAGCAGUUUGUGCUCCAGCCGCCACUGCUCGUCAGACCGGACACGUGCCAAUACAUCAACCUCAUGAAAUGCGUGUGGCUGGUGCAGCGUCUCCAACGGGACCCGAAUUUCGAAGCCAGAUGUCUGGACGUCCUCUGGGGGGCGUACUUUCGCCAAUUACAGAGAAGAGUCAUCCACGAGUGCCGACGGUUCGCGGCGCGCGACUGGCCUCUGCUCGCGCCCGACGACCAACAGAUCUUGCAGGAAGCGGACGACAAGUUCGAGAUGUGGGUGCACUUUGACGAGGCCGACGACUUGGACGACCUCACCGAGCCCAACGGUAUGGAGACGCGUGUCUUCCGCGCCACCCUGCCCGACGAUUCCGGGCGGGCACAACAGAUCGCGGUCCUCAGGGUCAACACGAGCCGGAUCCGGCUCGUCCGCACUCUGGCACGCGGCAACGACCGCGCGAUUGAAAACUACGAGAUCGACUCCCAGCGGGUGUUUCUGCUGCCCUUCUAUAGCUUCCCCGAGGCGUCGGCCGACGCCAUCAGUCUCGGCUGGAAAGCCCAGGCCUCGGACCACCAGAGCCGAGCACUCACGUUCCGCCGACUGGGCGACCUGCACCGACUGCAGGAAGCCAUCACAAAUUUUGGCGUCGUCGCUGAUCGGCCCGGCGUGGCGGCCGUGCAGAUCAAGGAGUCGACCAUAUCGUCGCUGAAGACCAUCGGAGUGGGCGGCAGGGCACAGAUCUGGGUGUGUCGCGCCCAGAAGAGAUACGACGAGCAGCACUCUCCCGGAUCUUUUGACACGGACUCGGCCAGCCCACGGCCCAGGCAGGAUUCGAGCCUCACUGGGUCGUCUGGGUGGAACGGCACAGGCGGUCCUGGCGGGUGGGCGCGAUCGUACGCGGCGUCGGUCAACGGCAGCACCAGCAUCCAACAGUCAGGCAGUCGGGCGUUGAUCGAGCGACCCAUCUCAGCGCAACUGGUGUUGUUCACGGAGCGGAAAAAGGGCGUCAAGACGCUCGUGGCGAUCCAGAUCGACGAGGGCACGCGCCUGAGCCCGGAGAACUGCCACUGCAACAACCCGGCCAAGAAGUGCACGAAGAUGGUCAUCAAGAGCAGCGGGAGCAGUGUCGGCGGUCGCAGCACCGGCAGUUCCUCCGGGUCCAACAGCAGCCACAAGCCCACCGUCCCCGUCAAAAUCUACGAGACCAAACCGGGCCACGAGGACCAGUGGAACCUCGCCGUGCUGGGAUACCCGGAGCACGAGGACGCGCGCAAGGACGUGCAGCUGCACCGGGCAAAGUUUCUCGUCGUCGACUUUGAGAGCGACCGCGCCCGCGAGCUCAUGGUCGACGUCUUUGAGCAGACGUGCUUCCUCAUGCAGGAGCGCGUGCGGAUCUAUCACCAGGACCUGGCGGAUUCGAGGAGUCGGAACGUGGCGCAGUGA